AUGCCGACAUUUGGAUUUUUGAAGAAGCGGAAAAAGGUGUCAUUGGGUCACAGGGACCUUGAUUCUCCUGCUUCGACACUUAGUCAACCUGCUAGUCCGAUUACCCCAUCUACCUCCCGAGGUCUCGGUGAACCCAUUGAUACAACACCAUCGAAAAUCACGUCGCCUGGCCAAAAACUCGGUUCUAACAUCGCAAAAGAUCAUCGGGGAACUCGAACUACUGUAGAGGAUUUACCUUCGAUGACAGACGUAUCACAUCUCCAACAAGUAUACCGAAACUUAUCACAAGGAUCUACAGCAAGCAAAAGCAAUCUUCUAACCAUUCAUAACCUCAUCAACCCCCCGCAGCACGACGGUGCAGGUCAGUCAAAAGUCAUGCCAGAAAAACACAUGAACAAUAAAACCGAAUACCCAGUUCAGGGUAAAUCAGCAGUGGCUCAAGUCAGACAGACUAAGGGGAAGUACUCGUUGAGUGAUUUUGAAAUAUUGCGUACUCUUGGGACAGGUAGUUUCGGUAGGGUUCAUCUGGUUCAAUCAAAGCAUAAUCAAAGGUUUUACGCCGUGAAAGUAUUGAAAAAGCAGCAAGUAGUAAAAAUGAAGCAAGUAGAGCAUACAAAUGACGAGCGAAGUAUGUUACAAGAAGUCAAGCAUCCUUUCCUGAUAACUUUGUGGGGAACUUUCCAGGAUUCAAAAAAUCUUUACAUGGUUAUGGAUUUCGUUGAAGGUGGCGAACUCUUUUCUCUAUUGCGAAAAUCUCAGGUAUGA